AUGGCAGGAGAGGAAUCGACAUCCGCAACAACAUCCGAGAAUGUCUCUCUAUCACGAAGUCCAACGCGUGUUGGAGAUGAAUCAGGACAUAUGACGCAAUCAGAGACCCGACUAUCUACCAGAGUCCAACAUAGCUUGGCAAACAAGGAUGAAACACACAAUGCGGCUGGAGUACCUAGCGACCCCCCUCCAGCUGCCCCCGCACCCUUCCCUCCCUUACGAGCAACCACUACUACCAAUUCUUCCAAGCCCUAUUCAGCGUUCUCCAAAUCUACAAAGAUAUUGAUCGUCGUUCUUGGUGGACUGGCUGGAAUAUUCUCGCCUAUAUCAUCAAAUAUAUUCGUUCCUGCUAUACCGGUUCUUGCGACGGCGUUCAAUAAGACCGAAAGUGAUAUAUCUCAAGCUGUCACAGUUUAUUUAGUGUUCCAAGCUAUAACACCCAGUAUAUUCGGUUCAAUGUCAGAUUCGUUCGGUAGAAGACCCGUUUACAUCUCGACCUUGAUACUUUAUCUGGGUGCCAAUAUAGGAUUAGCACUUUGUCCCACAAAUGCUUAUUGGCUACUACUGGUGAUGAGGAUACUGCAAGCUACAGGAGGGAGUGCAGUCAUCUCAAUAGGAUAUGGAUGCGUUACAGACGUCGCAGAACCUCGUGAAAGAGGCAAAUAUGCUGCUGCAUUCCAAGCAGGUGCGAUGGUUGGACCAGCGAUAGGCCCGUUUUUGGGUGCAGUCCUCACUCAAACGUUGGGUUGGAGGAGUAUUUUCUGGUUUUUAGCAAUCGCCACAGGAGUAGUGUUAGUUCCGCUUAUUUUAUUUCUCCCUGAAACACUUCGAUCACUAGUUGGUGAUGGAUCGAUUCCACCUCCGGCACUCAGUGCAUCACCCAUGAUUUUAAUUCAGAGGCGUAAGAUGGCUAAGAAACUAAGGGAAAGUGGUGAGGAAGGCGAAAUUAUCGAAAGGCCACCUAAGAAACCUUAUCAACCUCUAUCAGCUUUCUUGAUGUUAUUGAGUCCUGAGAUCAUCUUGACGUUUGUUUUCGUUUCCCUACUUUACCUUGAAUUCUACUCCAUUCUAACGGUCUAUUCGACUGCUUUGAAGAAUACCUAUGGACUGUCGGAAUUGAAAAUAGGUCUUUGUUAUCUACCAUCAGGUGUAGGAACAAUUUGCUCGGCACAAUUAAAUGGGAGACAAAUCGAUUAUUACUUCCGCAAAGAAGAGAAAAGAGUUGGAGGGGAUUAUAGGAAGAAACCCAAUGAAUUCGAUAUUGAAUAUACGAGAUUGAGGUGUAUAGCUCCAUUCACCGUAUUAUUCUUGGUCUCUGUCACUGCGUUAGGAUGGUGUUUGCAGGCUAAAGCUCCUUUACCAGCUACAUUAGUCGUCAAUUUUUUCAUGGGUUUAGGUACGGGUACUAUCGGUACUGCAACGGUUUAUGGUCAAGAUGUGAAACCUGGAAAAGGAGGCGCAGUUUCCGCUUCUCUCAAUUUGGUAAGAUGUAUAUUCGGUGCUGUAGGAGUAGCAGUGAUUCAAACGAUAUACAAAGCGAUUGGUGCAGGAUGGACUUUUGUCUUACUUUCCGGAAUCUGUAUAUUGGGUAUACCAUUACCUAUCAUAGUAAUAAAGAAUGGUAAGAAAUGGAGAGAUAGAAGACACGCCAAACAAGCUGAAAAGGAAGUAGCUCAAAAAGAGAAGGAAGUAGUGAAUAGAGCAUAA